ACGUACACAAGGAGCUUGAGUGUCCUGUGGAAACAGUGGGAGGCCAGGCCAUGAAUUUGGGAGAUGGUUUAAAGCUUGAAACUGAAUUACUGGAUGGAAAAACCAAGCUAAUAUUGUCUCCAUAUGAACAUAUAUCAAAAAUUUCUGUGAAGAUGGGAAAUAAAACCAAGAUUGCAAAAUGUCCUUUAAGAACAAAACAAACUGGAUACAUUCUAAAAUCAACACAAAAUACUUGUAUCGAGAGUGAAAAACUUUUGCAAAAGAAGACAAUUGGUUCAGAAACUUCACAGGCAAAAGGUGAAAAAUAUAGAAUGACUUUUUCACCUACUAUGGAUUUAUGUAAGCAGAAUGCAGAUAAAGACUGUCUUCAUAACCAAAAAGAGAUUUCACCUGCAACUUCUAAUAUUCAGAAGACUAGAAACACCAAAAAUACUUCUUCAGUAGCUAAACAGAAGCCUCAGAAGAACCACAUUACAGCUGAAAACAUGAAGAGCAAUUUGGUGUGUCUAACACAAGACCAACUACAGCAGAUUUUGCUAACUGUAAAUCAAGGAAAUAGAUCUAUUUUCCUGACUGAGAACGGAAAGGAGGAGGAAACAUGUCAGUAUAGUCUACAUUUAAAAAGUAUUCCUAAUCAGCCAAAGGAUGAGAACAUUGCGGGAUUACUCCAAAAAAUGGAGGCUGUCUCAUCUGUCUCAGAUGAAAAUAAAUCUAUUUUAAGUAAAAAUCAGGAGACACCUAAGCAGUAUGAGGAGAAAAUUGCCAUAGAGAGUGAAUGGAAACCAGGUGAUAUUUUCAGUACUCUGGGAGAAAGGGAACAUGAUAGAAGUUUGUUGGAAGCAAAAAAAGCCCAGUGGAGGAAAGAGCUUGAUGAACAGGUUGCUUUAAAGAAGAAAGAAAAAGAAGCUUCUGAAAAAUGGAAUAAUUUUUGGAAAAAAUCUGAAACUGAUAAAAUGAUAUGGGAAAAACUUCAAAUUCUUGACCAAUCCAGGACUUCUGCUAGCUCUUCAAUCAUUCUGUCUCAAUCUCCUAGUCAGGUUACAGUGGUCCAGCCUGGUGGGCACUCACAACUUAGAGCUAGUCAGAUUUUAGAGGAAGCAGUGUCGCUGGAGCACCCUUUCAGUGCUAUGAAACAAGAACAGCAGAGAAAAUGGAUUGAAGACUUGAAUAAGCAAAUAGAAGAUGACCGGCAAAGAAAAAUAGAGGAAAAAAUAAUAUAUUCAAAGGGUGAAGAACAUGACAGAUGGGCAAUGCAUUUUGAUUCGUUAAAGAGUUAUCCUGAUUCUCGGUCUCAACAGUCCUCUCAGUCAACACCCAAACAAGCAGGGUACUUCUGUAUCUCUCCUGACACUCAAGAGCUGACUGAUAACAGCAGUGUUUAUACACCUACGACUGGAAGCCAUGUAGAACCUUCAGAGGAAGAGCACAUAGCAAAACCUGUUAGGGAUGUGGCUAUAGCAAACAGUCAAAAAACUAACUUUCUCCGCUCUAUGACUGCUCUCUUGGACCCAGCUCAGAUUGAGGAACGAGACAGACGGCGACAAAAACAGUUAGAACAUCAGAAAGCCAUCACUGCUCAGGUAGAAGAGAAGCGUAGGAAGAAGCAACUAGAAGCAGAGCAAAGAAAGAAGGAGGAACAAGAAGAGGAGCAUCGCUUAGCACGGGAGCGGGAAGAGAUGCAGAAACAGUAUGAAGGAGACAUACUUAAGCAAAAACAAAAGGAAGAAAUGAUGACUCUCAAGACAAAUGAGCUAUUUCAGACAAUGCAGAGAGCCCAGGAACUGGCUCACAGACUGAAACAAGAACAGAGAAUCAGAGAAUUGGCUCAAAAGGGACAUGAUACUUCUAGAUUGAUUAAAAAUCUUGGUGUUGAUACAAUACAAGUAGAAUAUAAUGCAUCUGCUAACAUUUCAAAUUCAGGACAUAACUCUGAUGAAGUCAGUGUUAAAAUGAAUACAUGUACCAAUUCUGCGUCUUCUCCCAAGAAGGAUACUGGUGUGCAAACAGAUGACUUAAAAACAGGAAUAUUUACCAGUGCAGAAUCACACUGUGGAUCAGUAAUAGAGAGGGAAAUCAUAAACUGUUCAUCUCCUGAGAUUUCAGCAGAAUUUAAUGGACAGUUUAACAGUAUGAAAAACAAGCAAGAACUAAGUCAGGAUAAAAGAGCCAACUUGGAAAAAGAAAGUGAUUGGUAUAAUGACCAGUAUAAUCAGUUCACAAGAACAGAGAAACAGACAAAACACACGAAGAAAUGUCCUAAAAGGGCUGAUUGGAAUAUAAAUAAGCCACUCAAGAGGUAUAUCCCAGCAUCAGAAAAGUACCCUAAACAGCUUCAAAAACAAAGAGAAGAAAAAAAAGUAAGAAGGCAAAUGGAACUGCUUCAUUUGGUUGAAAGAAAUAAUCCUGGACACCUCUCUCAGAAUAGAGGCACUUCACCAGAAGCUCAUUCAUUUCAUCAAGAAAUGGAGUCAAAUUUCAGAUGGCAUCUAGCCAAAAAGGAAGAAGAGCCUCUGAAAAUUAAGUCAUUCAGCAAGGAAAGGUCUCAGUCAUCACCAGUUCCAGCAGUGAAAAAUAGUACCCAACAAACCCAGACAAAUACAUUACAUUUACCACUAAAAAACAGUAACUGUGAAAGACAGAAUCUGAUCUCAGGAGAUAGUCCAACAGAAUCAUCACCUGGGAUUUCUGAACCACCCCAUUUUAUUCCCUAUGUCCGAACAAAUGAGAUCUACUGCUUUGAUCCAGAUGCACCAUUGUCUAAGCCUUCAAGCCAAGACCCUCAGUACCAAAAUUCACAGGACUAUGACCAAGAAAGACAGCUGUUUGACUUUGGCCAUGUCAGGGAUCCACUUCUUAAUCCUAACUUGGUGAAAAACAGGGAUCGACAGCAAGCAAUCCUUAAGGGACUGUCAGAACUGAGACAGGGCCUUCUCCAGAAGCAAAAGGAGUUGGAAACUAAUCUCAUGCCUUUAGCUGCAAAUCAAGAAGAGAAUUUUAGUUCUUCGUUUUAAAUGUAGAAAACCAGUCCUUCACAUUUGAUGUGUGUCUUCUAGAUCAUGAAAUGCAUUUUUCAGAUAACCUAGAUUUUUUUAAAUGCUCAUUAAAA